GUUUAUGAAAGCCUGUACCAAUAGCAGACGUGAAUAGUACACGGCGUACUCUCUCAUUUCAGAAUUUGUCAUGUAGUUUACUGUCAUUGCUGCUGAAACGUUGCGGCAGUAAACUAGGUCUGUAGGCUGUACAUACUGUAGAAUAGAGCCAUAGCUCUACAACAUCCGGGCAUUCCUCAGCCUGCGCAGAAACGGAAUGGCGGAGCUAGUUUGAUGGGCUCUGGAGAUCACAGACGCAGCCUAGUGGAGAUCCUGAGGCAGGGCUAUGAGGGGCCAGAGGAGGAGUCCAGGGCCCUAGUGGAGCUGCAGAAGAGCCUGGGGGCCUCACAGUCACAGGGCCGCCCAAUGAAGAUGGCAGCACGUCCCCAAAAUGGCAGUGAGAUUCCCCUGGAGGACCUGCUAUCUCUGUGUGGGUAUGAGGUGUCUGAUCCCCUCCUGCAGCAGGACAGGGAGCCCAACGAGCUAGCAGCCAGUCUGCCUGACAUGACACUGGACAAGGACCAGAUUGCUAAAGAUCUGUUCUCAGGAGAGGAUGAAAAGGAGUCAUCAGCUGAUGACCUCACUCUCUCUGUCACCUCCCAUUCCUCUGACCUCCUCUUCCGCCGCCACCUAAGAGCCCAUUCCAUGGCAGAUGGAGACAAAGGCACCUUCGGCAGCUCCUCAGAAGAUGUCUCAGAUGAUGAUGACGACAACACCUCCAUUCCAUCCAAUGAUGAACGCAAGGACAUCAUGGUGGGCUCAAUGUACCAAGCCAAAAUCCCUCCUCUCAGCCCAUACUCAUACCAGGAGAGAGUCUAUGAGAAUGAGGACCAGCUCCUGUGGACCCCAGACAUGUUGCCAGGCCAGGCUGUAAAGGAGUUCCUGCUAAGUGCCCAGAGACGGGGAGGCCAGGACGGGGCUGUAGACACCCUCAUCAACGGGGACAUAAUCAAAGACAAUGAACAAGCUCUGUAUGAGCUGGUGAAAUGCAGCUUUAAUGCAGAGGAGGCACUGAGACGAAUGCGCUUUAAUGUGAAAGUAUUCAGCGAGGAGCUGUGUGCUUGGAGCGAGGAGGAAUGUCGAAACUUUGAACAUGGCUAUCGAGUUCAUGGGAAGAACUUCCACCUCAUUCAGGCCAAUAAGGUACGCACGCGUUCGGUGGGUGAGUGUGUGGAGUAUUACUACAUGUGGAAGAAGUCUGAUCGCCACGAGUACUUCACCCAGCAGACCACUAAGCUGGGCCGCAAGAAGUACAGUCUGCAGUCAGGGAGCAUGGAGGAUGGAGAGCAGGAUGGAGAGGUUGGGGAGAUGGAGGGGUGCUCCCAGAUUCAGCCCCCCUCACAUCCACCAGUCAUAGACCUGGACAAGCAAGAGGAGGAGGGCCGUCCACGUCGCAGACGAACGCCCCGCUUUCUCUUAAAGCCCUGAGCUCACUGCACACAGGCCACUCUAACCAGGCAGGGCUACAAGAUGCUGAGAUGGGGAUGGAGGUGUUGGAGCUGUGUGGCGCUCCUUGCCCCAGCCCACUGAGGGAGCAGCUGUUCAGCCACUUCUCUCCACUCCCCCCUCUGGAGGACCUGCAGCAGGAGCCCUCUCUGAACUGUUCCAGCCCGGGCCACUGUCCCACCUCGCCCCCUGCCCAGCUCCACCUCUCCUCACUGCCCUGCUGCAGCUCCCCGUGCCCCCCAGCGGAGCCUCCUCUCCUGGGUUCUGGUUUCUACCAGCUGCAGCUGGGGCCUUUCCUUCCAGACGGCCUGUCCAUGGGGCCAGAGGAUGGGGACUCCCAAGGGUUGCAGGUAGACUUCUCCCUGCCCUCCAUCCCCCAGACCUCACCCGCCAUUGCCCCCUCAGUCUCCGUCACUUCUGACUUUGGGGCCAUCAGCAGUUACCUGUGUCCCUCAGCCCUGUGCCCCCCUCCCGUCCAGCACCCCCGCUCUCUCACACAGUAAGGGGAGGAAGAAGGGUGUCUUUACUCUGGAGAACAUUCCAAUAACACCUGGGUUGUCUGUACUUCUAAUUAUUGCCUGUUGAAGUAAACUUGGACCAGAGCUUACUCAUGUGUUGGUGUGAAACUCCCCAGGAGAGAAACUAUGUUUUUACGGGGAGAUGGGCAUACCUGUAUCAUAGUGUUUACUAGGGGGGCUCCCACUGCACAUAAGCACAAUGGCUUACCUACCUGUCUGUUCUGGAAGGCCUGUCGUUCUACAGGGAUUUUCCCAGUUCUUAGAGAAUUCUUAGGUAAUGUUGGUACUGGAAAAGCGGGUGGGCUUGAUGAUAGCUCCAAGGCCAAAGCAAUUAUCCUGAUGUUCUUUGCAGUGGCCUCCUCCUCUUCCAGAGCAGAACUAGAGACAGAUGUAACAUCCCUCACUGAUUUCCCAACAUUUACUGGGAACAAUGAGCAGCAGACAGACAGCAUGACCUGGAUGCCAUAUUAUAGCAGUAUGUCCACAAGAGAUGUUCUCCCUCUAUUAGAUCUGAUAAGGCUGUUUCUAUGAGCAGUGUUCAUUCUGCACUUGUAUGACUCUUCACCACUCUGACUGUGGACCUCUUAGGUAGGAUCAGCCUCCCUGGUUCACUGUGGUUCCACCUCUCUUGAACAUCCACAACUGAAACGGAAGGUUUUGUAUACAGUCUGUUUAAAAGGAAAGAUCUGUAUAAGAAUACCAUGAAACAAUGCUUUUGAGAUUGUCACAAUGUUUUUAUUUUCUUGUUCCUUGUUCAGAAAUGUCUUGGAAGGUUUGCAAUAAGAAACCAGAGUUUGCGAUGGGA